UGUUUCUUUUUUAGUGUGCGUCUGAGGUUAAAAGUAGCGUCAUACAUUCUGAGAUUCCCACGCCCACUUUGUAAUGAAUGAAAUGUUGCCACAAGAGUUGCAAAAGGUUGUGGCAAAAUGCUGCAAAUACAGCACAAAAGGUGUGUAAGCAAUUUUUGCUGAAUGCGGCACGGCGAGGACUUGUCGACAAUCUUGUGACAGAUUUAUGGGUUAAUUAUUGUGGUAGAUAAUCUGUGUGCCUUGAGUUAUAUGUCAUUGAAUUUGUUUAGUUGCACAAGUUUUCGGCAUAUUUUUUAUCAAAAGGAAACAAAACAAAAAAAACACAAAAUUUACAUCAAAAUAUAUAUGGCAAAUUCCCUGAACAUUUAGAAAGCAAUGGACGAAUAGUCGCAUACCUUUUUGUACGAGCAACUUUGCAAAUUAAGAAUGCUGUCUGGGCAAUCCUAAUUAUGAUGUAAGCAAAUCCAUAAAUUAUAUACUCUCCAGACCUACUUUGAAUAAUGAUAGUCGCCAUGAAUUGGUUGUUCUCGAUAAUCUUCGACUACGUUUCGAGGAGUUGCAACUCACGGGAGAUUCGCGCAAUAAAGACCUUAUGGGGUUUCGUGCCGAUCUGUGUAUGCAUCUCUCUAGAGAACUAGCUAGGAUUGAACCAGAUGAAAAUAAACGUUACGUUUACCUAACACUAUGCUACGAACUCCUUGACGCUGGAGAACCGGAUAAUAUGACGGAAGAGGAAACCAUUGAAUAUCGUCUAAAAAAGAUUGACAGCCUUAACUAUCAGGUGAAUAAAUUACUAAAGCAUCUAAAUGAAGUAGACCAAGUUAAGGACAAAAAUAGAAAACAUGUACGUGUUUCCAAAAGGUCAAAGCCAGUUAAAUCGAAAAUAAAAGAGGGUUAUGCUAGAAUUGAUCCCAAACCUCAAAAGCAUUGUGAAUUCCAGUGUUUGAACCACCGAUCUGAAUCCUUUGGCUAAUUGUAAGAAUAAUAUACUCAAUCAUAGAAAAAUCAUAGAUAACAACAAGAAAAUAAGCCAUGAUUGCGAAACUAAAUUGUUUGGUUGUUCCAGACUUAGUAAGGGAAAAAUAUUGAAAUCAAUCGAUCCAAGUCCAAUUUGUAUAAUUAUUGAAAGUCAAUCUAUUCCAACUACAUCAACAAGAAUCAUAGAUAUUUACAAAAAUAUUAACCAUGAUUGCGAAACUAAAUUGUUUGGUUGUUCCAGACUUAGUAAGGAAAAAAUAUUGAAAUCAAUCGAUCAAAGUCCAAUUCGUACAACUAUUGAAAGUCAAUCUAUUCCAACAACAUUAAACUUGCCUUCGUCCUAAAAAAUUAACCAUAAUUGCGAAUCUAAAUUGUUUGGUUGUUCCAGACUUAGUAAGGAAAAAAUAUUGAAAUCAAUCGAUCAAAGUCCAAUUCGUACAACUAUUGAAAGCCAAUCUAUUCCAACAACAUUAAACUUGCUUUCGUCCAAAAAAAUUAAGCAUGAUUGCGAAUCUAAAUUGUUUGGUUGUUCCAGACUAAGUAAGAAAAAAAUAUUAAAAUCAAUCGAUCCAAGUACGAUUCGUACAACUUUUGAAAAUCAAUUUAUUCCAUCCAACCAAACAUCUAUGAACUUUACUAAAUCAAACUUACCUCUGCCCACAAGGAGAUCUGAUGGAGAAGACAUUUUAGAAAGUAAUUUACAUAAAAUAAGUAUAUAUUUAAAAAAUGGUUUGGAUCAUUCGUACUCAAAUACUGAAUUACUCAGUCAAGAAAUGUCCAAAUACAAGGAUCGCAGUGCUCUAUUAAAUCUUUGUCAAUCUAAUCACUUUAAGCCUAAGCCAAUAAGAAUUGAUUUUAAAAUUGAGUGCUAUUUGAAGAAAGAACCGGUUAUACAAAGAUAAGGGGUUUGAUGUAUCAGCAUGGAUGUUUGGUGAUCCUUGAACUAAAUAUCAAUAUCAAUAUAAAACCAAAAUAUUAAAAGACUAUAAUGGUCAAAACGGCAUGUUAAAAGUUAUGAAGAAUUUGUAUUUAAAUUUAAAAAACUCUGAGCGAUAUGUGGCUGAAGCAGGACUUCACUUUGGGGAAAAUCCCAUACCAAAUUGUAUAAUGAAUGAGAGCCAAGCUAAGAACAAGCUAAAUCUUCCUGAAAACUGUAAAUUGCAAGCUAAAUUCCAGACAUCUGGUUGUACUGACAUUGAAGACAAAAGUUAAAACCGUAUGAGGCAUAAGGACGAUUCUAUGGUAGUCAAUGAAGAUAAUAAAAGCAAUAUGCUUUAUACUUCCAAAGAAAUCACAACUACCGAAUCCGAUUUCCUUCUGAUUGAAAACAAAAAGGGAAUCUUGAAUGGAUAUGAAGUGUGCGUCUGAGGUUAAAAGUAGCGUCAUACAUUCUGAGAUUCCCACGCCCACUUUGUAAUGAAUGAAAUGUUGCCACAAGAGUUGCAAAAGGUUGUGGCAAAAUGCUGCAAAUACAGCACAAAAGGUGUGUAAGCAAUUUUUGCUGAAUGCGGCACGGCGAGGACUUGUCGACAAUCUUGUGACAGAUUUAUGGGUUAAUUAUUGUGGUAGAUAAUCUGUGUGCCUUGAGUUAUAUGUCAUUGAAUUUGUUUAGUUGCACAAGUUUUCGGCAUAUUUUUUAUCAAAAGGAAACAAAACAAAAAAAACACAAAAUUUACAUCAAAAUAUAUAUGGCAAAUUCCCUGAACAUUUAGAAAGCAAUGGACGAACAGUCGCAUACCUUUUUGUACGAGCAACUUUGCAAAUUAAGAAUGCUGUCUGGGCAAUCCUAAUUAUGAUGUAAGCAAAUCCAUAAAUUAUAUACUCUCCAGACCUACUUUGAAUAAUGAUAGUCGCCAUGAAUUGGUUGUUCUCGAUAAUCUUCGACUACGUUUCGAGGAGUUGCAACUCACGGGAGAUUCGCGCAAUAAAGACCUUAUGGGGUUUCGUGCCGAUCUGUGUAUGCAUCUCUCUAGAGAACUAGCUAGGAUUGAACCAGAUGAAAAUAAACGUUACGUUUACCUAACACUAUGCUACGAACUCCUUGACGCUGGAGAACCGGAUAAUAUGACGGAAGAGGAAACCAUUGAAUAUCGUCUAAAAAAGAUUGACAGCCUUAACUAUCAGGUGAAUAAAUUACUAAAGCAUCUAAAUGAAGUAGACCAAGUUAAGGACAAAAAUAGAAAACAUGUACGUGUUUCCAAAAGGUCAAAGCCAGUUAAAUCGAAAAUAAAAGAGGGUUAUGCUAGAAUUGAUCCCAAACCUCAAAAGCAUUGUGAAUUCCAGUGUUUGAACCACCGAUCUGAAUCCUUUGGCUAAUUGUAAGAAUAAUAUACUCAAUCAUAGAAAAAUCAUAGAUAACAACAAGAAAAUAAGCCAUGAUUGCGAAACUAAAUUGUUUGGUUGUUCCAGACUUAGUAAGGGAAAAAUAUUGAAAUCAAUCGAUCCAAGUCCAAUUUGUAUAAUUAUUGAAAGUCAAUCUAUUCCAACUACAUCAACAAGAAUCAUAGAUAUUUACAAAAAUAUUAACCAUGAUUGCGAAACUAAAUUGUUUGGUUGUUCCAGACUUAGUAAGGAAAAAAUAUUGAAAUCAAUCGAUCAAAGUCCAAUUCGUACAACUAUUGAAAGUCAAUCUAUUCCAACAACAUUAAACUUGCCUUCGUCCUAAAAAAUUAACCAUAAUUGCGAAUCUAAAUUGUUUGGUUGUUCCAGACUUAGUAAGGAAAAAAUAUUGAAAUCAAUCGAUCAAAGUCCAAUUCGUACAACUAUUGAAAGCCAAUCUAUUCCAACAACAUUAAACUUGCUUUCGUCCAAAAAAAUUAAGCAUGAUUGCGAAUCUAAAUUGUUUGGUUGUUCCAGACUAAGUAAGAAAAAAAUAUUAAAAUCAAUCGAUCCAAGUACGAUUCGUACAACUUUUGAAAAUCAAUUUAUUCCAUCCAACCAAACAUCUAUGAACUUUACUAAAUCAAACUUACCUCUGCCCACAAGGAGAUCUGAUGGAGAAGACAUUUUAGAAAGUAAUUUACAUAAAAUAAGUAUAUAUUUAAAAAAUGGUUUGGAUCAUUCGUACUCAAAUACUGAAUUACUCAGUCAAGAAAUGUCCAAAUACAAGGAUCGCAGUGCUCUAUUAAAUCUUUGUCAAUCUAAUCACUUUAAGCCUAAGCCAAUAAGAAUUGAUUUUAAAAUUGAGUGCUAUUUGAAGAAAGAACCGGUUAUACAAAGAUAAGGGGUUUGAUGUAUCAGCAUGGAUGUUUGGUGAUCCUUGAACUAAAUAUCAAUAUCAAUAUAAAACCAAAAUAUUAAAAGACUAUAAUGGUCAAAACGGCAUGUUAAAAGUUAUGAAGAAUUUGUAUUUAAAUUUAAAAAACUCUGAGCGAUAUGUGGCUGAAGCAGGACUUCACUUUGGGGAAAAUCCCAUACCAAAUUGUAUAAUGAAUGAGAGCCAAGCUAAGAACAAGCUAAAUCUUCCUGAAAACUGUAAAUUGCAAGCUAAAUUCCAGACAUCUGGUUGUACUGACAUUGAAGACAAAAGUUAAAACCGUAUGAGGCAUAAGGACGAUUCUAUGGUAGUCAAUGAAGAUAAUGAAAGCAAUAUGCUUUAUACUUCCAAAGAAAUCACAACUACCGAAUCCGAUUUCCUUCUGAUUGAAAACAAAAAGGGAAUCUUGAAUGGAUAUGAAGGUAAAAAAGUUUAUAUAUCCAAUUUAACAGAUUUCAAAAAGGAAUUCGAAAUCUAUAAAGUUCAAUUAGAUGAACUGAUCCAAACUUCUUUAUCCAGUACUGUUAUCAAUGGCGGACAGAUUGACUAUAUGUCUGAUGUUUCACAGGAUCGACCAAAAUUAUCAAAAUUGGAGAGUGAGUCGGUUUAUGAUGCAGAUAAAAUAUUAGAAGAAAUUUGCAAAAGUGUUGUCAUUCACCUUGCCCGAAGAAAGUUCCAAAGUUGUGCCAAGGACAGGAAACUAUUUGAGUGCUUGGUCGUCAGACUCAUCGCUUUAUAAUGAUUUUAUUAAAAAAAAAAGAAGACAAAGAAUUGUUGCAUGAUUGCCAAGAUAUAAUUAGCCUACCUUCUGAAGAUAGUUUUUACAAGAAUAAUCUUUCCGAAGUCCAUAUUACUAGCGAUUUAAAAUCUACGCAAUUUAAGAGCUUUGUCGUUAUAGAACAUUUGAUAUUCACCCAUUGUCAAAUAAAGGGUUUGAUAUUGAACUAUGGUUUCUUGGAAACAGUCGAAGUGGAGGAUAAAAAUUAUGAAAUUAAUAAUAUUAAUCAGCUGAAGAAUGUGAAUGAUAUUUUCGCUAAUGUACAGUUCGCAUUGAACCAAAUUAAAAAAAGAAUUAUCAAUUUGAGGAAAAAUUAGAGUGCUUUUCCGAAAUUUCGAACAUUCAAGAUAAUUCUAUUUCCUCACGAGAAUCCGCUGACAUUGAAUUCAAAGACCUUUUAACUCCUAGAACAGCAGAUGACUUCAUCUGCUAAAAAACUAGAUAAAGGAUUGGAAAGCUAUAAACAUUUAUUGGAUUCACAGCAUAAAACAAAUCUUAGCAAAAGAUGAGGCGAAAAUGAAAUCAUUAACUCAAUCGAUGGAGAUACGAAACAAACCAUUAAACAUGGAAUUUGAAGAUAUUUUUGAAACCAAUCGUCCAAGUCCAACAUGCAAUGAAUUGAACAAAUUUACAUCAAUGACGAUGAGGAUAAUUAUGAAUUUGGUUCUUCAAACAAAUGGCAACAUCAGCAUUACAUUACAGCCGCACCAGCCAUUAUUGUACAUCUAUUUAAGUCCAAUCCUGCUUAUCAAUGUUCACCUAUCGAGGCUGGUGCUCCGAACUUAUACGAAGAACUAGAACAAUUCUAUGAAAUGAUGGCGCAUCCAAUUAGUUCGUUAACAAAACUCAUAGAUGUCUCAGCUGUUCAAAGGCGUUUGAAAAUGAUCUUAGAUCGUGUAAAGGAGCAACUAGCAGGCAAAAUCUGGCCCAAAAGUUGGCUACAUUUAGUAGGGAAAAUUUAAUUAAGACAAUUGCUUACUAGUAAAGAGAAAGGUGCAUAUGAGGCAAUGCGCUGGCGGCUGGCUGAUCGUAGUGUUCAGGAUUUAUCAGAUGAUGAACGCCUACGCGAUGCCUUGAAUGCCGUGAUGGGCUAUGAAUGCCGACAAUUAAGAUACUCGUUCAGAACAUCGCAACUUCUGUUACGUUCACCGGAACAACAGCGUAACCUAAGCGAAUCGUAUUUGUUAUUGGCCUUGGGACAUUUGGGUUGUUUAUAUCGAGAGCUGCAACAUCAGCAGAAACAACUUCAAACUUUAGGUAGUGGGUUGGCCUUAGAUCAACGUCAGCGUGAAGAACUUUUGCUAUACAAACAGUUUCAUCGAAAAUAUCAAAAACUUGAAAAACCUGCAACUCUCUUUCAAUUGUGGAAAUCGAAUAGAAAUUUUUCAUCGAAAUUUGAAUUGAUUUUAGAUCUAAAUUGUCUUAUUUUCGAGGAAGCAAGUUUAUUGAACACUCUUUCGAAGGAAUUGUAUCAAGGAAAUUAUGAAAAUUUAUUGCAAAACUGGUUAUUAUUAGUCAGCCAGACCAUGUUAGAGCAUUUAAGCCGAUGGUUACGUUUUGGUGAGCUACUCGAAUCGGAGUCUACAGAGUUCUUUCUUAUUGAAAAUUUGACAUUACCAACGGAGAAUUUCUGGCAGGGACGUUUCACUCUACUAACCAAGAUAGUUCCCUUAUUUUUGAGUAACGAACUUUGCCAUUUAAUUUUAAAUGUUGGAAAAUGUCAUCGAUAUAGCAAAGAAUUUUUAGAAAUUGAUAUUGAAGUACCACUGAACUACCAGAAGCUUGCUAAGGCCUUUCAGCUGACUUACUUGAAUCAUAAUAUGGAACCUUUAAAUGAUCUUGUUGCUUGGGUAAACCAAGACAUUUCAUCAUAUAUAUUUAGUCAGCAUGACCCGGCCAUUGACCUCUUAUAUAGGCUUUUCAAUAUAUAUUACCUCGCGAUCUGCAUUUCGUUACUAACUUGAUAAAUCACCUUGAACCUUUACUUGAACAAUCGGUCGAUUUGUUCGAUUUGCAACAGUUUACCUCUGUAUUAGAGCAAAUAUUAACUAAGGAUAACUCUGAGCUUAAUAUGGUGGAAAUACCCUCAGAGAGUUGUCUGUGUUGGUCAAAGUUUCAAUUAUGCUGGCAUUUAGCUGACAAUUGGAAGGCUGUCAUAGGUCAAAGUGUUCAGACGUAUUCAAAUAUUUUCACAGACCUUUGGAAAUUCCAUUCUGCCAACUAUAUUCUUUUCGAAAGAAUACUAAGCCAUAAAUAUUAUUUUGGACGGCGUAUUGAAUUCGAGUAUCUUGCCGAUGUCAAUCAGGUAGAACAACGUUUUCAAUCCUUAAUCGAUUUAUUUAUCAGUGUGAUGAGAGGCCUAAGACAUUACCUAUUGAUUCAGGUUUUAGAUGAAGCUUAUAAUCAAUUAAAUUUAAGAUGUAAUGAAGCCAAGACUUUGGAUGAUAUUGUUCAAGCUCAUAAACAGUAUCUAAAUGCAAUAGCAAUGGAUUUGUUUUUGACCAAAAAUGGCAGAGAUUGUAAAAUCUGUUUCAAUCAAAUAUACCAUUUCGUAUUCGAUUUGGACAUUGAGCAGCAAAAAUUUUUAUCUCAAUGUCAACAAUUAAUAGAUUGUUUAAGGAGUUUUUCAGACGAGGAACGAUUAUUAAAAUGCCAAUCGGAAUUGCAUUUGGUCUGUAAGCGCACAUGGAAUAUUUUAAAUGACUUGGGACGAAAAUUUUCUAUUAAUUUGAUGGAGCUUAGGGCAAACCUGAAUAGAAAAGGUGAAAGAAAGUUCAAGUUGUUGGCCAAAAAACUGAAUGCUAAUGGCUUAUAUAGGAAUGCUCAAAAGCCACUGCAUAAUUGUUUAAAUUAGUCAAAGGAAUUUGCCAAAACCUAUGUAUGCCAUAUUUUAUUUCUAUUUGUCUCAUGGGUUUUUAUAUUGUA